GCCUUUGCCGACACGCAGCAUGUCCAGGUGUCCUGGGAUGCGUCAACCUAUGAUGUGGAAACUUUAGUGGCGAUCGCAUACGAUUACAAGAAGAACGUGUCGGGCUACUUACCCAUACAAAACAUCAGCCCCGUCCAGACAGCAGAGUUGCACGAAACUGUGAGGACAUUGGCUGUGCAAGGCCGGAUCACACGUGUCGAGAGUUACAGUACAAUGCGAUCUUUCAGCCAUGCCCUGAACUCAAUUGGGCUUCCGCUUGCCGCCUUCGCAAAGCCUCCAGACCUACUUCUGGGGCCACUCCGGGCUGAGGAGGAACGGGUGCUGAUGAACGGGACCUACUUCAUUUAUAAUACCACGACACAGUCGAUUCAAAGACAGGUACCGACUGCAUGGAGUCUGGCGAAGCAGCCACUGUUGAUCUCGGUGAGCGAUCAGGGACCGCUGAACUGUCCUGGUCUCGAUCACUUGCAGUUCAAGCUUCGUGGGUUCGUGCUUCCCUUGUAUGAUCAGAGUCAUCGUACAUGGAACGACUUGAAGUCGGCCAUGAGGAGUGUGAAGCUCUUUCGCAUCCUCCUGCAGUUCUCCAUUCUCUACAACAUGAAUUAUGGACCUGGAGGCACCAAGGCUUGGAUGGCCAAGAAGCAACAGUAUGCAGAGGAAUUUAGAGCCAAACAGACAGCUGAUGGCGAAAUCUUCCUCAGCUACAUGCCGUACAUCUGCCAUGAGAUGGGCCUUUCGGAGCCAACGACUGCUGAGGAGAGGGAGGCACUCUUCGGGACGAUCACUUCGCUGCAGACGCUGCAGCAGCAUGGACCACUCGUCAAACUCAUGAGAUGGUUUUCUUACUUCCAAUCGCACCAAUUUUAUGCUGGCGAACACUUCUGGACAAAGAUGCUGAUUGGGGAAGGUGGGCCGCCACAGCAAGGCAUCCAGCCUGAGGCAGUGCUGACACCGGAUAUCUUGGCCGGCAAUCUGGACGAUCGAGAGGAGCUACGACAACUCAAGCUCAAGAUGGGCUCAUGGCGACUUGCACCGUUGCUCGUAACACCAUGGACCUGGUGGAAAAACGAGCUUUUGGUUUCCAUGGCGACGCCAGUCUGGAGCUGCUUCACACAGAAAGCCCAGCAGCUCAAGUUGCCUCACGAGAUCGCCGGUGACAUCGCCAAAAGAGCUGGGACCAAGCUCUGGGCCGAGGAGAUCCACGCUGUGAUCGGGAAUGGCUUCUUUGAUGGGCCUCAGAAACUGUACCCGGCUCGCUUUCUUUCAAACGAGGAGGAAGGAGACGUGCAGAGCUCCGCUUCGUACUACCUCCGACCGCCUUUUCGAUAUGCUGGGGCACUUCUUGCAGAAAGCAGGGAGACCACCCUUCGCCAGAUGCAUGCCGACUGGGCAGCCGUCUUGAAGGCCGAGAAAGCCAUGGCUGGUGGAGCAGGCAUGGAACCCCUGAAGGAGAUGCAUUGGCGGCUGAAUUCCGUCAACAGGCUGAUCCACUUGAUCCGGGACAUGGCCGAGGUCGCUUCAACAACAGCCGAACGCCGGGCCUACAACAACCAAGUGGUUGAGCUUCUGACCUUCGUCAGCACGCAUCUUGCCGACACAGUUAUCGUGGAAAAUACACAUCAGAUGGCCAAAGACGCGCUCAGGGACGCACGCCACUUUCAAAAAUCUCGGACAGGGAAGCAAGUUGCUUGCAUACGCUGCAGUGCAAUACCGAGCCGUGGUGUGCCCUGCUUGAAGGUGUCAGAUGAUCAGAAAGCCACUGCUUCUGCGGGCAAGUCCUCGAGCUUUGACAAGCUCACGCACCCCAACACCCAUGCUCUCAAAAAGGAGUUCCAGAGGCUCAUGGAAACUAAAACGAAGCAGCAUACGUGGCCGAGCACGACCCAGCAGAUGGAGUGGCAGCAAGUUGUGGCUACAGAGUGGUUCCUCUGCUACAUGCAAGAUGAGGACAAGUUUGCAGCUGGCCCCAACUCUGCUUGGCUGUCUGUCUUGGCUGGGGCAGCAGGCGAGGUGGUAGCAUGCCAGCGUGCAGGAGAGAUCAUGUUGAUCUUGGCUGUUGGAUCUUAUGGCUUCGCUGCUUGGGACCUGGAGCUGGCGGCAGGAGUCCGCACGGCUGCUGGGAUGUCGGCUUUCCGGCCCUACAGGCACAAUGCCAUCCGAUUCCACCACAUCACGGAGCUGGAGGACUGGGUUUCCGUUCCUGUCAAGCCUGGCCUGUCUGGCCCGCACGGCCCGCUGCACCUGGAACAGACCUCUGAGGCCAUGUCGCUGCCCUUGGCUAGAAUCCAUGCCGGACUCAAUCUGACAUGCAAGCAGUGCCAGGACCUGUUGGCAUUGUUCAAAGUCAACUUUCGCAAAAACCAGUCACGAGCCAGCUUGCACGGCCUAAUCCUCGAUCUUUUCUUGGAAACCGAGCACGAGAAAGAAGAGGCCAGGAGGAAGAUGGCUGCCUGCUUGCUUCCACAAGAAGAAGAACACGCUGAGGACAGUGACAUGGAGGAGUUGUUGGAACAGCUCGAGGAUCUCGAGAAUCAGGGCGACCCAGAGAUCCAGAAAGAGAAGGAGAAGAUCAAACAAAGGAGAACUGGACGGAUCGCUGUCCCCAGAGCUGCUGGUCCCGACGAGGGAGAACAAGUUCCGAAACGGAAGGCUAAGGCCAAGGCUCCGCCAAAGCAACGGAAGAAAGGCUUGCUCGAGCCGAAGAUGAAGGCUCAUCUAGGGCACGGGUUUACAGGCUGA